ACUCAGAAACUCAAAGUGAAAUUCUCCCCACUGGACAUUGGAGACUUCGAGAGCAAACUUUUCUGCCAGAUUCCCAACCUGCCACCUGGAGAGCAAGGUCCAGUCCUGGUAGCAAAAGGGCGGAGCUUGUUGCCAUUUUGUCAUUUUGACCUGAAAGACUCAGACUACAUCAGCGGUUAUCGGCGCAACCCAGAGCUCCGAGGGUCUAGCAGUGGGACUCUGGAUCCAAACACCCGGGUGAUUGAGUUCACAACUGUGGGCAUAGGAGGGAAGAAUCUCCGGACCUUUACAAUCCUGAACCCGACCGAUAGCACCUACUCCUUCUGCUGGAUCUCUGAAGAAACUGAGAGUCUCCAGAACCCUCCAGCCUUCACGUGCCUUACCAAGAAGGGAUUCAUCCACCCUGAGAAGAAAGCUGAGAUUGUGUUCCAGUUCACACCUUCCCAUCUGGAUGUCACAGAAGCAUUAUGGACUUUCUUAAUCCCUGAACACAAUAUCACAGUCCCUUUCCUGCUGGUAGGCAAAGCCACCGACCCUCUCAUCUCUCUGGACAAGUCACACCUCAACUUCAGUGCCCUCCUCAUUGGCAGAGAAGCCAGGGAGACUGUGCAGAUCAUCAACAAGGAGGAGCAGGGCUUCAAUUUUGCCUUCCAGGACAACUCCCGAUAUUCUGAAGGUUUCAGCAACAGCCUGGUUGUAUGUCCCAUGGAAGGCUGGGUCCCACCGCUGUCCAGGUUCCCAAUUGAUAUUUUCUUCACACCAAAGCAGGAAGGAGAUGUAAACUUUAAUUUGAUCUGCAAUGUGAAAAAGAAAGUCCACCCUCUGACAUUAAAUGUCAAGGCCGAGGGCUACAGUAUGAAUGCACAGGUCAAGUGCAAGGACAGCACUGGCUGCAUCACUGUCUUGACUCCCAACCAGACCAACAUCAUCAGCUUCUAUGAGGUGGUGCUAAAUGAAUGUGUCCAGUGUGAAUUCAGCUUUGUCAACACUGGAAAGUUCAACUUCAGCUUCCAGGCUGAGCUAUCUGGUUCCAAAACUCUGCUGCAGUACUUGGAAUUUUCACCCACUGACAGCACUGUGGAUGUGGGGCAGAGUGUACAUGCCACCUUGUCUUUCCAACCACUUAAGAAGUGCGUCUUGAAGGGCCUGGAACUCAGAAUCAAGAUCACCCAUGGCCCAACAUUCGUGUGCAGCAUCACAGGCUGUGCUGUAAGCCCAGCGGUCCAUUUCUCCUUCACCAGCUACAACUUUGGGACCUGCUUCAUCUACCAAGCUGGGAUGCCCCCAUACAAACAAACCCUGGUCAUCACCAACAAGGAAGAAACACCGAUGAGCAUAGAUUGUUUGUACACCAACACCACCCACCUCGAGGUGAACUUCCGUGUUGAUGUAGUAAAUCCAGAAAAGACACUGGAGGUUCCAAUCACCUUUUAUCCUCAAGAAAGUAUCAACUAUCGAGAGCUCGUCACCUUUGAAAUCAAUGGGCUCUCACAGCAAACAGUCGAAAUCAAAGGGAAAGGUACUGAAAUGAAGGUUUUAGUCCUAGAUCCAGCUAAUAGGAUUGUGAAGUUAGGAGCUGUCCCUCCAGGACAGGUUGUGAAAAAAAUGGUUUCCAUCAUAAACAACAGCCUUGUUCAGCUCAUAUUUAACCUGUCAGUCAUGUUCUCGAUUCCAGAACUCCAGGAACCCAAGGUCAUCACCUUGGUGCCCUUCCAAAACAUCGCCCUGAAGCCCAAAGAAGUCUGUAAACUGGAAGUCAUCUUUGCCCCAAAGAAGCGUGUCCCUCCCUUCUCCGAGGAGGUGUUCAUGGAAUACAUGGGGCUCCUGCGGCCCCUCUUCCUCCUCACUGGCUGCUGCCAGGCCCUGGAGAUCUCCCUGGACCAGGAGCACCUUCCUUUUGGACCAGUCGUGUAUCAGACGCAAGCCGUACGUCGCAUCCUCAUGUCCAACACAGGCGACGUGGGCACAAGGUUUAAAUGGGAUGUCAAAAAAUUUGAGCCUCAUUUCUCCAUCAGCCCAGAAGAAGGCUAUAUCACCGCAGGCAUGGAGGUUUCUUUUGAAGUGACCUACCAUCCCACUGAGGUAGGAAAGGAGAGUCUCUAUAAAAACAUGCUCUGCUACAUCCAGGGAGGCAGUCCUCUGUCCCUAACCCUUUCUGGAGUCUGCGUGGGACCACCAGCAGUCAAAGAGGUGGUGAAUUUCACCUGCCAGGUGCGCUCCAAGCACACACAAACUAUUCUGCUGUCAAACCGCACCAACCAGACCUGGAAUCUGCACCCCAUCUUUGAGGGUGAACACUGGGAGGGGCCUGAGUUCGUCACCCUGGAGGCCCAUCAGCAAAACAAGCCCUAUGAGAUCACCUACAAGCCCCGCACCAUGAACGUGGAAAACCGCAAGCACCAGGGCACCCUCUUCUUCCCCCUCCCGGAUGGGACCGGCUGGCUGUAUGCUCUGCAUGGGACUUCCGAGCUCCCCAAAGCUGUGGCCAAUAUCUACCGUGAAGUGCCAUGUAAGACUCCCUACACUGAGCUCCUGCCAAUCACCAACUGGCUGAACAAGCCCCAGAGAUUCCGGGUCAUUGUGGAAAUGCUGAAACCAGAGAAGCCAGACCUAAGUGUCACUAUAAAGGGUCUUGAUUACAUUGAUGUACUGGGUGGCUCCAAGAAAGACUACAAGCUGAACUUCUUUUCCUACAAGGAGGGACUGUUUACUGCAAAGGUGAUCUUCCGAAAUGAGGUGACCAAUGAGUUCUUGUACGGAUCGCAACCCUCGGGCACAUUCUCAUUUGAAUUCCAGCCCCUGAAAGCUGGAGAAACCUUUGGGAGACUAACUUUGCACAACAGUGAUUUGGGUUACUACCAGUAUGAGCUCAAUUUGAAGGCCAUGCCAGCACUUCCCGAAAAGCCCGUUCGUGUCCAGACUGUUCUUGGCAGCAGCCAAAGCAUCUUUGUGAAGUUCACCAAUUAUACACGGCUGAAGACAGAAUAUUACUGCAGGACUGACUGUCCCGACUUCCACACAGAAAAAGUCAUUAAUGCAGCCCCAGGAGCCCAGGGGGGCACUGAAGUCAAUGUGGAAGUCUUCUUCGAGCCCAGCCAUCUGGGCGAGACCAAGGGCGUCCUGAUCCUGUCGUCAAUUGCAGGAGGCGAGUAUAUCAUCCCCCUCUUCGGAGUGGGUCUGCCCCCCAAGCCCCAAGGUCCGUUCCUGAUCCGAGCUGGGUACAACAUAAUCAUCCCCUUCAAAAAUGUCUUCUACCACACGGUGACCUUCUCCUGCACCGUGGAGAGCCCAGCCUUCACCGUUCGCGCCAUGGAUUCCAUGCGGCCCAAGAAGAUCAACAACAUCACAGUCUACUUUGAAGGAAACCCAUCGGGCAGCAAAACCCCCAUCACCACCAAGCUGAUUGUGAGCUGCUGUCCCAGUGAAGGCCAAGAAACUGGAAUUAAAUGGGUUUAUUACCUGAAGGGGAUCACCCCUUAGUAACCAGGGUUACUGCAUCAACCAAAAGCCAUCUCCUCAACCUUCCAAACAUAGAUCUGAAAUAUAUAUUCCAUAUUAAAAAUUAUAGCUAUGCACAACAGAUCUAUAUUUUAGAUAACUGAAUCUCAGGAGUCCCUGAAUUUAGUUUCUUGACAUAUCCCCAAAGCUCAAGUACUCUGUAAUAACCCCCAUUUUUAACAAGACAACACAGGUAUUACACCCAUGACCACACAGCACUUAGCAGUCUGUGGUGCUGGGGCACUGCAGUUUCUUUUUAAAAUCCAUGAGGGUUUAAAGAGACCUUAGAUGUGAAUCUAUUUUUAUGUGAUUUUUAUUCUGCCUUCACAUAAAAGCCAAAUAAAUAACUAUUUUCAAAGCAAUGAACAGACGACAUUAGGGCAACCUGGGGAUGCUCCUAUUCACUUUUUCCCUUGGCUUUUAUACCGUCACUUUCCAAAUCCUGUACCUGUUCCCCACAGAAAGUUCUUGCUGAAGGCCAGGUCCUGGAGAAAGGAUGAUACAGAAACCCCAGCUCCCCGUGCCCUCCCCCAGCCUUGGGCACAGCAACCAGCUGCAGGGCAGUGAUUCUUGACCCAUCAGAAUCACCUAAUGCUCACCCAGAACACACUCCCUCCCAAAAUUCUGAUUUCAUUGGUCUUGAGAGUGGCAUAAGCAUCUCUCUUUUUUAGUAACUUGUACAGCAGCGUUGAGAACCAUUGCUACAGAUCAAACACCCACCUGGCCAUUUGUGCUGCGACUGAAGCAGGAAUCCCUUCCAGAGGAAGGACCAUGUCCCAGUGUGAUAUAUUGAAACCACAACUAUUUUGUGCACACAUAAAGGGUGACAAUCUAAGUCGGUGCCUUUCUUGAGCACCACCCUGGAAGCUCCACCUCCAAGGAGCAAUGGGGCACCUGCCUCAGCCCAGAAACUUGGGUCCACAGCCACCUCUUCCCCUGGGCCUUUGCAGUGUGUACGAAUAGGACCACUUACCUGUCAGUGCCAUCUUUUGAAAUAAAGAUAGUUAAAGACUG